CCUGUCCCGUGCCAUCUAUACCUGAACAUAGGCUCGGAGAAAGUCUUUGUUGCCUAUGGUACCAUAUGUCCAGAGUUGCUCCUUGAUCACCACAACGACGUCACGUCCGAUAACGUGAAAGUGAGCGUUGAUGAUUUUGAGCCCGCGUACAAAGAAGCUCCCGUCCCCGUGCCUUCUCAAUAUAUUAAGAAACUUGCUCAAGCUCAUGGUACCUUCACUCAGUGGCCAAAGCAUUUGGUGUCGCUUACGAAUGAGGAGGUAAACAAGCCUACAAGUAAAGAGCCUAAAGGGAAAGGGAACAAAGGGAAAGAGAUAGUGGUUGGGGGAAGUGGAACAAAAGCGUCCAACACUAAAUCAAAAACCUAUUUCCUUGAAAAUUAUAAAGUGCAAAAUUUGAGUGGUAAGUGCAAUGUGAUGAAAACUAUGAUGUUGGGAUUAAAAGAAGGGGAGCACGUUAAGGUACAUUGCACUAAAAGGACAUUCAAUAUGGAAAAGGACUUUGAAAUUAGUGUCACCGUUGAAGACACCGAUCAACUUCUCUCGGGAGCAUGGCUCAAUAUAUCAAUAAUACAAGUUUUUGUUACGGCUUUGAGUGAGUUGUGUUUUCACGAUGAUUGUCACCCCAAUAGUAUUGGAUUCAUGUGCCCGGAGAUGAUCUCGGCCACCAUGUUAAAGUCCGAUGCAGAUCGAAUUCUAUUGUACAUGACGAGGUCCAUGAGUGCACUUAGUUCUAAGACAUUCAUCUUAUGUCCAUACUACGAAAAGAGUCACUGGAUGCUUUUAGUUCUUUGCUUGUCUAAACGUGAGGUCUACAUAUUUGAUUCUCAACAGAAGAAGAGAAAUUUGAUGAUUAAGGAGCCACUAAACAAUGCUUUUCGGAGUUACAAGAGACUAGGUGGACAAUCUAAGGGAACUAAAAUAACAUGGAUUCCAGCACAGUGUGCUCAACAACCGGGAUCACUAGAUUGUGGCUACUACGUCAUGCGUUUUAUGUACGACAUAAUAAUGAAUCAUGGUAAUAGUCAAGAUCUUACUAAGGAUUUUUCAAGAACAUUGCCUUAUUCACCGGAGGAGAUUAAUGAGGUGAAAGAUUUUUGGGCAGAUUACUUCAUGAACAAUGUCGAAUUUUUAGCUUAAUUUGUAAUAUGAACUUGAUCUCUAGCUAGCUACGUACCUUUGUUGUAAUAAUUUUAUGUUUGUUGUAACAUGUUGGUUGAUCGAUCUAUGACGAAUUUAAUUGUCUUUUAUUGGGAACGUUAAUUACGUUGUAAACUUUAGUGACAGGUAUUAAUUAUAAAUGUAUUCCCGGUAUUGGGAAUGAAGCGUCU